AUGUCUAACUUGACUUUGGUGGCAGUGGCUGCCGAACGAUACGUCGCCAUCUGCAAACCGACUUUUACAGUAACCGCUCGCCAUGUCCAGAAAGUUUUACUGGUCAUGGUCAUUUUCAGCAUCUUCUUCAGUAUUCCGUCAUCAUUUAUUUUCGCCGUGGUACACGAGCAGGGAAUUGUUUCUUGGAGGAACACCACACAGUUUAAUUUUACCAACUCACUACCCUAUGCCUAUUGCAUGUUUACAUCGACCAUUUUGGGACCAGUGCCCACGCUUGCUUACCAAGUAUUCCAGGUGGUCAUAUGGUUCGGAUGUAUGAUAACCAUCAUUGUGCUGUACAUCUUUGUGUACAGGGUAGUCUGGAAGCGGGACAAGGCCCGGAACUCAGCCAGGAUCCGUCCUGCAGUCUGGGCAACACCCUGUGCAAAUGCCCCGGUGGGGUCUGACGACGAGAAAGCCACUCGCAGACCAGACGUGAGGAAGAUUGUGAGAGUUCCGAGCCAGGGUCGAGCCCAUGGUACAACUGAUGCCAGGACAAAUAUGCCUGCAGUUGAGGCGAGCCAGAUAUCUGAAGUGAGCCAAUCCUUGGAUCCGAGUGUGACCACAUCACGAAUGCCCACGUCUCUCGUCCUGACCAAGAAAACUGACAACAGAAUAAAUGCUCAUCGGAAGACCGGCACUAUGCUCUUUCUGUGUACGGUCGUCUACAUCGUCACAUGGAUGCCGUUUUGGUUGGACAUCUUUGGUGCGAGCAACAGUCUGACUUUUCGACAUAUGUUCUUUAUCAGCAAUGCAACAAAUCCCAUUAUUUAUGGCAUUGUUAACAAACAGGUGCGCAAAGCCAUGGUCAGUAUAAUCUGUCGACAGAAACCUAACGUGAUGUGA